AUGACAGCGACCAGAACUCGGUUAGGAGCAGCGGACCAAACACACGUCUGUGUCGCCGUCUCCAUUAGCGGCUCGUUGCAGGUUGGGGACCACUGCUCCAGAGGACUACAAGAGCCCUCCAGAGGACUACAGGAGCCCUCCAGAGGACUACAGGAGCCCUCCAGAGGACUACAGGAGCCCUCCAGAGGACUACAGGAGCCCCCAGAGGACUACAGGAGCCCUCCAGAGGACUACAGGAGCCCUCCAGAGGACUACAGGAGCCCUCCAGAGGACUACAGGAGCCCUCCAGAGGACUACAGGAGCCCUCCAGAGGACUACAAGAGCCCUCCAGAGGACUACAAGAGCCCUCCAGAGGACUACAAGAGCCCUCCAGAGGACUACAGGAGCCCCCAGAGGACUACAAGAGCCCACAGAGGACUACAAGAGCCCUCCAGAGGACUACAAGAGCCCUCCAGAGGACUACAAGAGCCCUCCAGAGGACUACAGGAGCCCUCCAGAGGACUACAGGAGCCCCCAGAGGACUACAGGAGCCCCCAGAGGACUACAAGAGCCCCCAGAGGACUACAGGAGCCCUCCAGAGGACUACAGGAGCCCUCCAGAGGACUACAGGAGCCCCCAGAGGACUACAGGAGCCCUCCAGAGGACUACAGGAGCCCCCAGAGGACUACAAGAGCCCUCCAGAGGACUACAGGAGCCCUCCAGAGGACUACAGGAGCCCCCAGAGGACUACAAGAGCCCUCCAGAGGACUACAGGAGCCCUCCAGAGGACUACAGGAGCCUCCAGAGGACUACAGGAGCCCUCCAGAGGACUACAGGAGCCCCCAGAGGACUACAGGAGCCCUCCAGAGGACUACAAGAGCCCUCCAGAGGACUACAAGAGCCCCCAGAGGACUACAAGACAUCGAGGAGGAGGGACUCCAGACCGUAUUGUGUGAAGUGGAAGCAAUCUUGAACAGGAGACCAGAGGCAGGUGGGCGGCGGCGGGACUUUGUCCACGGAUGCUUCACGCCGGAUGCUUCGGGCCACACCGGCGGGCGCCGCCUGUCCGUAGUCCUCUACGGUCAAUCGGUCGACUGGAUCCUGGCUUUUCAAAUUAAAACAAGUGCAAAGGAAUCAAUGAAGCGGCUUACUGUGUAAUAUCUGACUGCUGUACUUUUGGUAAAUGAGCAGCACAAAAUACUCCAAUGUACAGCCGAGUGUUAAUGGCUCCCUGAAAUCAGAAGGCCAGUCACAUCUCAAGCAUGUCAUUGUGCCAUUUGUGUUGAAGUCAUUUCCCCUAAAGAGAAAAUGGCUGGUAUUUUACCACCCAUGGUGUGAUUCUGUAGUUUAAUUAACUGUUGCGUCAGAGGCUGAAGUGCAGGCAGGUUGUGCGUUUAAAGAAACCUGGAAUCUUGACCUUAACAUGUGAUCCAACAUUAUUAUGACUAAUAUUAUGUAUUUGUCAAUUGUCAACUCUUGAUUUAUGAUUAUUUAUUGGUCAACUCUUUGAAUUAAUUAUUAUUAACUCUGAUUUAUUCUUAUUUAUAUAUAUAUAUAUUAGGGCUGUGAAACGAUUAACAUUUUAAUCGGGUUAAUCACAGGUUUCUGUGGAUUAAUCAUGAUUAAUCACAUAUUACCGAUAUUCUCGGUAUAUUUUGUGAGAACAUAGAGAUUUAUGACAAAAGACGGAUAUAUACAUUUACGCAAGGAGGAGAUUUCUCGCCAGCUCCAGUACAUCUGCCUGUACCUGCUGCACAUCGCUGCAGCCUAUAUGUUAAAUUUAAGUCGUGUGGGUGUGGUGCUCCUCUUCCUGCAGUAUGUCUCAGAACUGGGCUUCCACAUCGCCAGACUCUUCUACUUCACUGAUGAGAACCAUCACUGUUCGAGUCCCUCCCCUCGGGGAGGAGGCUGCGGUCCAUCAUGACUAAGUCCUCCCGCCACAACAAAAGCUUUUUCCCGUCGGCGGUCGGGCUCAUGAAUGGACCCCGGGACUGACUGACUGUCACCCCCAGGACUACCACCUCUUCUUCCACCUUCCUCUCCUCCUUCUUCCCGCUCCUUCCUCUUCCUCUUCCUCCCACUCCUCCUCCCUCCUCCUUCUUCUUCCCUCCUCCACACACGUCACUUUAACAUGCACUUUAACUAAAACACACCACUUGAAGCACACACCCAAACACUCUCACAUUAUUUGUUGUCUUUCCGUCGCGUUGAUUGUUGUUUGUUUGUCAUGUCCAAAUGUUGCACCUUCCACCAAAAAAAAUUCCUCGUUUGUUUGUGAAAACAUUCUUUGGCAAUAAACCUGUUUCUGAUUCUGA